AUGGGAGCAUUCAUGUCUAGAUUUGGGAAGACCACCACUCUUUACAAAUUGCACUUGGGUGAGGUGGUGACUACCCAUCCUACCGUUGGUAGCAAUGUGGAAGAGGUUGUCUACAAGAACAUACGCUUCGAGAGGCAGGUAUGGGACCUCGAAGGACAAGAGAGGCUAACAACAUCAUGGGCAUCGUAUUGCCGAGGAACUCAUGCCAUAAUCGCAGCCACUGUGCUCGUAUUUGCAAACAAACAAGACAUGAAAGACGCCACGACCCCUGCCGAGAUAACAGAUACCCUUUCGCUCCAUAUCAUCAAGAAUCACGAUUGGCACAUCCAAGCAUGUUGUGUCCUCAUAGUUGAGGACUUGUAUGAUGGCCUCGGAUGGAUUGCUCAGCAUGUUAUUGGGAAGGCGCCAAGUUAG